AUGCCCACCUUACCAGAGUUCGACUUGAGUGCCGCGGCACAGCUUUCGUUCAAGAUGGCCCGAUACUGCCAGCAACUCAUGAAGAGGGAGAUAGACAGCAGCUGGAAAGGCUUUCCUUCUCUGCCGGUUGCUGACGGGCUGGACCUCAGCCUCAGGAUGGAAGGUCUCCAGCUGGUUCGUGUUGUCGAUGAAGCACACUCAAACCCAGUACGGCUAGACUGGAAAUUCGAUGAUUACGCGCCUCAUCUUGUCCAAGCCCAACUUUCCGGGGCCGAUCCUCGGUUAGCCUCCCUGGCUGCUAGGUUCCCUGCUCCCAAAGGGGAGCCAUACCGUACUCAGCCCCACUGUAUCAUCGAUCACGCGGGAGUUAUUGGAUGGUGGUAUCUCCCCGGUUGCAUUUCGGAGUCGAGACAGCGUACGAUCUACCACUCAGUACAGCGACUCAGCCAUAUGCCUUGUACCCCGAUCCAGACCACAUCGCAAGGCAAUUGGCGCGAUCAUCCUGAUCGUUUUGGCUCUGGCGCCGUGGUGGACGGACUGAAAGCUGGCGUUGCUACUUUUUCUGUUUGCUGGUUCCAGCGUGGCCAUGCGGGUGCUGAAGACUUUCCUGCACCUUCGGCGACGCUGAAGGACCCAAAAAACCAUCAAUUCAUCAAGGAUAUGACCGAGAGUUUUGCGGUUCUUGGCGCUGUUCUGGCAGUCACACAGCCUUGGCUUUUCGACGCUGGAAUGGAGGUCUUAGAAAACCUCCACACGAAAUGCAUUUCCGUCAACAACAGCAAAGUACUUGACGGGAUCCUUGGCUUCUGGUCAAAUCCUUUCACGGCUUUUUCAGUCAUCUGCAAUCGCGAGACCCUUAUUCAUCGUGAUUUGUCGAGUCCCCAGUGGUGCUAUGAUCUGGUAUAUACGGGAGGUCGAUAUCAGAAUGGACGAUUUGAAAGUCCAACGCUGGGUCGACGUUUCCUCUACGACCCUGGAACCGUCAUGGUUGGUCUUGGCAACCUCAUACACCAUGGAGUCGCACCCGUCGAGGGAGACCGGUUCUGUAUUGUGUCGUAUUUCCGAAGCUCUAUGCUUGAGAGAGCUUCCCACUAUCGCAACGCCAAAGCCCCCACAAUUCAUCAACUACAAAACUUUUAUUUCCAGCUACUUGUAGAUCCUCCAGCGUAG